AUGCCGCCGCGCAAGAGGACGCAGCCCUCGGCGGCCAGCCAGGCGCGACGACCCUCAGAGACUGGAAACUCAUCGGCGACUGAUCCCACAAAAAGAAAGCGUUCCUCCGUAUCCAAGCCAGUUCCUGAGCCUCCCCGGCAGCCGGAGCCAGAGUCGGAUCCAAAUGCUCCAAAGUUCAAGCCGAGGGAUCCUUUCGAUGCGCUCUUAGAACCGUUCUACUACAACAAGGGUCUGACUGACCCAAUCGACACCGCCAGGGAUAAAUGGAACUUGCUGCCCGCAUUCCUCAAGGUAAAAGGAUUGGUGAAACAGCACCUUGACUCCUACAACUAUUUUGUGGAGGUACAACUGAAGAAGAUCGUCGAGUCGAGCUCCACUAUUCGCAGUGAUAUCGAUCACAACUUUUACAUCAAGUUUACCGACAUCUAUGUUGGUUCGCCUCGACGAGCUGACGAGCAAGGCGAUGGCGGAUUGGAAUUCGAGUCAACGAUCACGCCCCAAGAGUGCAGACUACGAGACACUACAUACGCUGCACCCAUUCUAGUCGACUUUGAGUAUGUUCGUGGUCGCCAAAGGGUUAUCCGACGAGGCGUUUCUAUCGGAAGAAUGCCGGUCAUGCUCCGCAGUUCUAAGUGUGUGUUGGCGAACAAGACCCCUGCUCAGAUGAGCGUCCUCAACGAAUGCCCAUUGGAUCCCGGCGGUUACUUCGUUGUCAAUGGAACAGAGAAGGUCAUUCUUGUGCAGGAGCAGUUGAGCAAGAACAGAAUUAUCGUUGAAACCGACCCUAAGAAGGAAAUUGUCCAGGCCUCGGUUACCAGUUCUUCCAACGAGCGUAAAUCUAAGAGUUACAUCGUCUUGAAGAAAGGAAGACUUUACGUCAAGCACAACGUGCUCAAUGAAGACAUCCCUAUUGUGAUUUUGUUGAAGGCCAUGGGAAUUCAUACCGAUAAGGAGAUGAUGCAAAUGGUCACUGGUGACGACAGUCUGUACCAGGAUGAUUUUGCGAUCAACUUCGAAGAGGCAAUCAACGUCGGUAUCUACACUCAACAGCAAGCCCUUGACUGGAUUGGCUGUCGGAUCAAAAUCAACCGCAAACAAAGCGCUUAUCGCCGGACCCAUGUGCAAGAAGCAAUUGAGGCGAUUGCAUCUGUCAUCAUCUCUCACAUUGAGGUUCAUGACAUGAACUUCCGCCCCAAGGCUAUCUAUGUUGCCCACAUGGCCCGUCGCGUUCUUAUGGCCAAGAAUGACCCUGCUUUGGUGGAUGACCGUGACUACCUUGGUAACAAACGACUGGAGUUGGCUGGCCAGAUGUUGGCGCUGCUCUUCGAAGAUCUGUUCAAGAAGUUCUGUUUCGAUAUUAAGAUGAACAUUGACAAGGUCUUGAACAAGCGCAACCGAGCUGAGCAGUUCGACGCUUGGAGUGUUGUGACCAUGCAUGGAAACCACAUCACCCAGGGUAUGAACCGAGCCAUCUCAACCGGUAACUGGAGCUUGAAACGUUUCCGCAUGGAGCGUGCAGGUGUUACCCACGUUCUCAGCCGACUGAGUUAUAUUGCUGCUCUCGGUAUGAUGACUCGUAUUUCCAGUCAGUUCGAAAAGACCCGAAAAGUCUCUGGCCCUCGUGCCUUGCAGCCAUCCCAAUUCGGCAUGCUUUGCCCUGCCGAUACACCCGAAGGAGAGGCCUGUGGUCUGGUCAAGAACUUGGCUCUCAUGACGCACAUCACGACAAACGACGAAGAGGGACCCGUGCGAAACCUGAUGUUCAUGUUGGGUGUUGAAGACAUUGCCAGUGUUGGUGGACAGCAACUCUAUGCCAAGGGUGCUUACACCAUUUCCAUCAACGGUACUCCGACUGCCUUGACGAGACGGCCCAAGUCGUUCCUCAACGCUUUCCGAAGACUGCGCCGUAUGGGUCGUGUUUCGGAAUUCGUCAGCAUCUACAUCAACCACCACCAGCGAGCUGUCCAUGUGGCAACCGACGAUGGAAGAAUUUGCAGACCGCUUAUUGUCGUGGAGAAUGGCAAAUCUCGGGUUCAGAGACACCAUCUCGAAAAGCUGCGUGAUGGCAAGAUGGAAUUCGAUGACUUCCUUGCCCAAGGUCUCGUUGAAUAUCUUGAUGUGAACGAGGAGAACGACUCCUACAUCUCGAUCUACGAGAAGGACAUUGGAAACACUCACACCCAUCUCGAAAUCGAACCUUUCACCGUCCUCGGAGCUGUCGCUGGCUUGAUUCCUUACCCUCACCACAACCAGUCUCCCCGUAACACCUACCAAUGUGCCAUGGGUAAACAAGCAAUCGGUGCCAUUGCUUCGAAUCAGUUCCAGCGAAUUGAUUCCAUUCUAUACCUCAUGGUCUAUCCCCAGAAGCCAAUGGUAAAGUCCCGAACUAUUGAGCUGACCAAGUAUGAUCAACUGCCUGCCGGUCAGAACGCAACUGUUGCUGUGAUGUCUUACUCCGGUUACGAUAUUGAGGAUGCCCUGGUGUUGAACAAGGGAUCUGUGGACCGCGGCUUCGGACGUUGCCAGGUCUUCCGCAAAUACGUCACCAACCUGAAGAGCUAUUCCAACGGAUCAAAGGACGACCUCCGCCCGCCGGAAUACGAAAACGGCGCUCCAAUUCGCAAGCACGCACUCCUGGAGCAUGACGGUCUAGCCGCCGUUGGUGAGCAGGUCAACGCAGGCGAAACCUACGUCAACAAGGUUACACCCAAGGUCCAAAACUCCACGGGCAUCACGGGCUCCGACGCUGGCAGGAACGAGUAUAUCAACGCAUCCAUGAAUUACAAGCUCCCAGACCCCGCCUACAUCGACAAGGUCCUGGUCUCAGCUACAGAGGGUGAAACCCAACUUAUCAAGGUCCUAACCCGCCAAACCCGUCGUCCCGAAGUCGGCGACAAGUUCUCCUCUCGUCACGGUCAAAAGGGUGUCGUAGGAAUCAUCGCAGACCAAGCGGACAUGCCCUUCAGCGACCAAGGCAUCAAUCCAGACAUCAUCAUGAACCCCCACGGUUUCCCCUCUCGAAUGACAGUCGGAAAGAUGCUGGAGCUAGUCGCCGGCAAAGCAGGCGUCCUCUCAGGCCAGCACGGCUACGGUACCUGUUUCGGCGGCAGCCCCGUCGAAGAAAUGUCCCAGAUCCUCAUCGACAAGGGUUUCAGUUACGGUGGUAAAGACUACCUCACCUCCGGUAUCACCGGCGAGGCACUGCCUUUCUACGUCUUCACCGGUCCAAUCUACUACCAGAAACUGAAGCACAUGGUCCAAGACAAGAUGCACUCGCGUGCCCGUGGUCCCCGUGCUACACUUACCCGCCAGCCCACUGAGGGUCGUUCCCGUGACGGUGGUCUCCGUCUCGGUGAGAUGGAACGUGAUUGUUUGAUUGCGUACGGUACUAGCCAGCUGCUCCUUGAGCGGUUGAUGAUCUCGUCUGAUCGUCACGAGGUGGACGUUUGCGAGAACUGUGGCUUCAUGGGUUACUUGAAUUGGUGUCCUGGCUGCAAGUCGUCUCGCUCCGUUGUGAAGAUGGUUAUUCCUUACGCUGCCAAGCUGCUUAUCCAGGAGCUGAUGAGUAUGAAUGUCACGGCUCGUCUGAAGCUUGAUGAUGAGUUCCCUGAGAUGAAGGGUCGUUAA